AUGCAGGAUGGCAAAAAAGAGGCAGUGGCCGUUCAUAUGAUAGUUUGUCAGGUUCAUGAAAAAAUAGGCUUAUCACCUGGUAAAUUCACAAGAUGCAGAUUGAUAAUCAACGAUAUCAUAAAAGCAAAGAAUAAAGCCAUAGCAAGGACCAGAGAGGCAAGGAAAAGAAGACUGAAGCUGAAGCUAGAACGGGGAAAGAAGUCAUCUUCAGCAGAACUGAGGGAAGGGACUACAUACCAGCCUGGUAUUGACCUUAGUGAAUCAGAUGCUGUAGAUGUGGAAGCCAUUCCUCCCCCCUGUUAUCCCCCUGUGGAGAAACCGCCAUUGGCUAAAGGAGCUUAUGUGUAUUUUGAUCUUGAAGCAACUGGCCUGGAAAGAGAUUCCCACAUAACACAGAUAGCUGCUCUUGAUGAAGAAAGUGAUGAAUGUUUCUGCAGUUAUAUCAUUCCAAAGAAACCCAUAAGUUUCCAAGCUUCAAGGGUAACUGGACUAAGGAUUAAGGAAAACACAAUGUACCAUAAUGGUAUGCCCGUUCCAGCAGAAUCCAUUCAUGAAGUUCUCAGAGGUUUUAUUUCUUUUCUUGAUAACUUACCAUCAGAUCAGCAGAAGAUUCUUGUAGGCCACAACAUAAAAUCAUAUGAUUGUCUCGUGCUGAUGCAUGCCCUGAGGAGCUGUGGAAUGGUGGAUGACUUUCACCAACAAGUGAUUGGAUACAUGGAGACCAGAAAACUUUUCCGCCUAUCAUUUCCUAGUCAAAAAUCAUUCUCGCAAAUUAAUCUAAGCAGGGCUCUUCUUGGUGAAAACUUUACAUAUGCUGCACAUGAUGCGAUGGAAGAUGUUAGAACUUUGAAAAAACUAGUCCUUUUGCCUUCUGUGUCCUCAAGUGAUAAAGAACUCUGUGAGUUUUCCACAACUUAUAUAACUGAAUCUAUAAAUCAUAACACACGAGUAAAAGCAAACCUACCCACUUUACAAGUUCUCAUAAAUCAGAAGGUUCUGACAGCUGCAAUGGCGAGAAAAAUUGCAGGGAGCAAUUUGACUUUUCAUCACUUAGAGGUAGUUUUCAGAAGGAAUGGCCAAGAGGGUCUGUUAACACUUCUUUCAGAAACUGUAUCAGGAAGAGUUAGAGUGUCAAAAUCCAAGAAACUGAUUACUUCUCUUUGUGACUACUUUUCAAAGUAA